GGUCUUCAUCUUCUAUUGACUGGAACAGCUCCGGAGCAGCUAGUUGAGGUUGAGAGGAUCGGGAGCAGAAAAGUAAAGAUAGUGAAGAUGGAAGUAGUUCUGGAGCUUGCAGGGAACGAGCUUUUGGAUCUAAUCAAAAGGGCUCUCAAGCAUUCAGAAACAGCGCGAGGCCUCGAGUCCACCAUGGAAUUGUUGGGUCAAUUGUUUGCAGAGAUUCAACAACUGUCCAGGGAGGCGAAUGUGGAAUCUCAGGUACUCGAGAAACUCCAGGAGAGUAUGAACAAAAUACAAAACGCUCUUCUUAAAUACUCCAAAGUCGGGUGGCGUAUUUGGCUUGCGCCAUUUUACCAGAAAAAAAUGGAGAACGCAGUGAAUGAAAUGAAAGAAAUCAUGCAGUAUUUGCCUUUGCUGACGUUAAGGAAUGUUCUUAAAUUGCUCACGGGAAAUAGGACUCCUGAUCAGACCAAUCAUAUUGGCAGACCAGAAAUUUUGACAAGGGGUGAUCUUGAAAUAUCACAGCCUGAGUCUACACUGGAGUUGCAUGCUCCAUUGUUGGAAAAAUUGAAGUCUUUCGUCAUCAUGGAUGGUGGCGAUCAUCAGGUCCUUAACUUGACCGGCUUUGCCGGCUCCGGCAAGACCACCUUGGCCAAACAGCUCCGUCAUGAUCCGGAAGUCCGAGAGAGGUUCGGCGAUAAUAUCUUCGUCGUAGAUUCAUGGAUUGAAAGCAAUGAGGUUAUGGCAGAGCAAUUGCUUGAAGAGUUGCGUGAAAAAGGGAACAAUGAGGCUGUGUUUCUGGUGCUGGAUAAUUUUGAGCCUGGCUUUAUAGGACUUGUUAAGCAGUGCAUGAAUUGGACAUCAUCAAAUCCUAAAUCCAGAAUUUUGGUGAUUUCAAGAGUUGAUAUCCCAGAUUUGGGCACCAGGGAGACCAUGACACCACUGGGUGAAGAUGAUGCAAUCGAGCUUUUACGUCACUCUGCAAAACCAAUUGGCACCACCCCCUUCAAUUUACCAGAAGAUAGUAUUCUCCGACAGGUUGUAAGAAGUUGUGGAGGUUUUCCAUUAGCCAUCAUAAUAACUGGCAGUGAACUCAGGGGCAUGCCCGUCGAAAUCUGGAAAAAGAAGUGGAGAGAAUUGUCACGGAAAGGAGACUAUCCUCCUUCAGAGGCGCUUACUUAUCUCCAUAACUCAUUAAUUGUUUUGAAUGGUUUUAAAGAUGCUAAUGAUAAAUUCUUCAUGGACCUUGGCUCAUUCCCUGAAAAUCAAGUUAUCCCUGUUACUGCCUUAAUCGACAUGUGGGCAGAACUUUACGAAGAAGACGAUGACGGAAUAGAUGCGAUGAACCACAUCCACCAAUUGGCUUUCAUGAAUUUGGUUUGUAAGGUGGUUCAAAGGCGAAUUGGAAGCGAUGAAGACAAUUGCUACAAUAACCACAUCCUAGCUCAGCAUAAAAUUCUCAGAGAGUUGGCCAACAAAUAUUCGAGCGAGGGGCAUGUAUUGGAGAGGAAAAGACUAAUUCUUGGGAAUGAUCCUCCCCAAGGGUGGCCACAACGGACUCAGAGCUGGUUCUAUUAUUUUCUAUCACACCUCAUAGGAUCAACAGGGCAAAGGAUAGCUGCUCGUGUAUUAUCUAUAUCCACUGAUCAAAACGUCACUCCAGAUUGGUGCGACAAUAUUCAACCAACUGAAGCUGUGGUUCUGGUUUUGAAUAUUUUCAAGACUUCAGAUUACACGUUACCGAAAUUCAUGAAGUCAAUGGGAAACCUGAAAGUUCUUAUACUCACCGGUUAUGCUUACUGUUUCACAGAGUUAAGAAAUCUCGAGCUGCUUGCUUCCUUAAGAAGCCUCAAGAGAAUCAGAUUGCAGCAUGUUUCUGUUCCGUCCCUUUGUGACUUGAAGAACGUGACCAAGUUGUCAUUUUACUGUUGUCAAGUGAAGAAGGCUUUUGAGGAUAGUUCCAUCGAAUUCUCAUCAGCUUUGCCAAAACUGGAAGACUUGAACAUUGAGUAUUGCAUUGAUUUGAUUGCGUUGCCUUCUGGGCUCUGCUCUGUUGUCAGCUUGAAGAAACUCAGCAUCAUUAGCUGCCACAAAUUUACUGGACUACCCCAAGAAAUUGGGAGGCUUGAGAAUCUGGAAUUACUGCGGAUUAGUUACUGUGCUGAUUUUGAAAAUUUGCCAGGGUCAAUCACGCAGAUGAGUCAUCUAAGCAUCCUGGAUAUCUCACAUUGCGUAAGCCUGAGGGAAAUACCAGACAAAAUUGGGGAGCUGCAGAAUCUAAGAAAGCUUUAUAUGACAGGCUGCUCAAUACAUGAAAUGCCAGACUCGGCCAUGAAAUUGGAGCAUUUAGAGGUGGUGAUAUGCGAUGACUGUACAUCUCAUUUAUGGGAAGUGAUCAGUUCAGGGCUACCUAACCUCAACGUAAACACUGCCCAGACAGACAUUACCUUGAAUUGGCUUUUGGGCUCUGGCUUCCAAGGUUUUAUCCUUUAAUUAAAAUCACAAACAAACUGCUCCAUUGGUUUUGCUUGUUUCUUUUCAUCUUUUGUCGUUUGAAUCAAUCAUUUUUUGCUGUAAACUUGCACAAUCCUGUUAUGUCACAUAGACAGAUGUUUGUGUUUGAU